AAAGUGGGCUAUAUUAUAUAUUAUUAUAAUACUAUAUAACUAUAAUAUAACUAUUAUAAUAGUCUGAACAGCAGUCUCUCAGAGAUCACUCCCUAGUUCUCUAUGAUGCCAGAUGAUCAAAGACAAAGUUUCCUUCAAAGUUUGAAUCCAGCAACACAAAGGCCUUCUGAUACAGAAGGCUGGGCAUAAUCAGUGACUGUCGAACUGGCUGUUGGUACUGUCCUUGCCUUUGUUGGUUCCUGCCCACAAGGUAAAGACAAAUGCAAGUAUUGGAUUUCCAGGUGUUGCUAAUGUUGCUGGGAUUUUUAAUCUCCUUGCAUGUCCUGUGUGGAGGUGCAAUAUGAUGAUAAUGGCAACCCCAACCUUAAGCCAGUUUGCACUGACUGAAUCAGGUUCCUUGCAAGAAGUAAAGAAAAUACCCUUUCUACUAGAUACAACUUGAUACUAGUUAAACAGUAUGAUGACUUGCUUUCUUCUCGUCCAAGAUUCCUCUAAUACUGAGGACGAUCUCCUGUGAUGCAGAUCAUUAGCAUAGCAGUACAUAACCCAUCCCGAGAGCCUUUUCACAGUUGAUAGGUGAAUGCCAUAGAGAUUCAUCUCUUUCUUCCUGUGUUGUAAGAAUAUUUCCAGUACUGACCCUCCCACUCUCACCAUUGUCAUUGUUCAGCUCCUUCCCUCCCUUCUCCUCAUCAUCACUCAUAUGUUGUCACUGUUCUGAUGUUCUGAACCCUUAUAUUUGUUUCAUUCACAGUCUCCAUCUUGCUUCUGUUAUGAUCACCCAUUUUUUGAACUGUGCAAGAGCUCAAUAGCAGAAUCCAGUACCUGUGUCUCCCAGUUUUAGAAAGAUAAGCCCUGAGAGUGAUCUUGCAGUCCCUGUUUAUGUCAGAUAUUAACAGAAAGAGUUUAAUGUUCCUCUUCUAAGCCAGGUGGUGCACAAGAUCUCUGUCAUAGCAUUUGUGGUCCAUGCACACCUUCCCUCUGGUUUUCAGGCUUUGUAUCAGAGAGGGCUGAAGGAAGUGUGUCUGGGCCCAACUGCCAUAGCAUGACAGGUUUGAUUUGGUGUUUCCUCCCUUUUUGGGCCUCAGUACUGGUACUGGACAUUUAGAUCAUUCUUUGGAACUAAAAAUCUCUUUUCUCUCUCUGGAUUUUGACAAAGAUCACUCAGUGGCAAUUUUUAGCCCACUAUUUUUGAUCUUCAGAUGGAAACAGAACAGUUCCCUAAGGGGAUGUAAAUUCAGUGCUCAGAACUGCCUUUUUUCAUCACAGUUCAUGUGUUUUCAGAAUAUUAUUUUCAUUUUCCAGUUCUUGGUAUACAUCCUGUGCUGCUUCUAAGGUGAUUUUAAAGUUCUAUUUGAAUUAAACCGAUUUUUCUGUUUUCCUUCUAAGGCUUCAUUUUUCUGGGUUAUACAGUCUUCAUACCCAUGCUGUCAAGAGAGUUCUGUUCUACUAAUAGGACAAAACUUAAUGAUGAUGUCAAAGGCUGUUGAAAGAUCUAAGAAGUGAGCUAUCACUAACUAGUGAGUGUCAAAGAGCAUAGCAGUUUAGAUAAGGGUCUGUUCUGACAUAGCCAAAGGGUAUCUUGUAAUGCCAUCAUCUGAGUAUAAACCAUCAGAGACUGAGAAAUAUUAAUGUUUUUCUGGGAAGCUUAUCCAUUCCUGCUACCAACCAUGUUGUCACCUGGAACUUUAUCCAUAACGUCACCAAAUAUUGCUCCAUUAUAUAGAAAUUCAGAAAUUAUGCUGCAUUUGCUACAUGGAACACUCCCAGUAAGGAUGAAUAUGUUUGUAGACUAUCAUUUGAAACUUGAAAAAGGAGUUAUUUACCACCUAGCACAAUACUUUGAAAAGAGUAAGUCACAUGUAUGUUAAUUUCUUGUUCUCUUUCCCAUAGUCUUCUUGACUUAUUUCACUCUGCUUCUGCAGCUGAGAGAAAAUAAAUGGUGCCAGGUGUGCUCUGCUUUAUGUACUCAUAUAUCAGACAUUGUAUAUAUUGUGUAUCCACUCUGUGCUAAAAAGAUAAUUAUUUGAGUUCAAGGGAUGGUGGAUAUUAGGAAAUGCAAGUGUAUGUGAGACCUGCACAUCCUGAAGAACACAGUUGCUGAUACAUAACAUUUCUCUUUCUUUCACUUUUCUUUCUUUCCUGGGGCUGGCGGAUGGGGUGGAUUUAAGCUGGUUUGUGUAUGUCCCAAGCUUGAAGGCCGAGAUUAAAGCAAUAUAUGGUGAGCUAGAGGAAAAACAAAAAGAGAGACUGAAGAAGAAAGAAGAAGAUAUGAAGAUGAUGGAAGAGAUUGAGAGAUCAGUAACUGAUCUAGAAACAAAAUUUAGAAGAAAUAAAAAUAUAUUUAAAGAAAACCAUGAGAAACUAUUGUAUUUGGAUCAGAGGAUACAAGAGCUAGACCAACAGCAGAAGCAAACAGAACAACAACUGGAGCAAAGAAGCACUAUUGUGCAGCAGCAAUUAAAUGAUAUACAGGGAAAAUAUUCAGUUCUUUCCAGUCAAAUUGCUGAAAACUCUCACACUACUGAAAAUUUUAAAAUUGAACUUAGAGAAUUAAAUGCAUUAUGGAACAUAAAGGAAAUGCAGAUGGAAAAUACAGAAAAAUCUUUCAUUGAUUUGGGGAAAAAUUUAAGUGCUGUGAUGUUUAAGCGGCAAAAUGUUCAGAUGGCAUUUAAUCAUCUCCAAGGUGAGCUAGCAGAAUAUGAAAAAAGAUUAAAGCAGGAAGAAAAAACAUAUGGAGAGUUACUACAGACAAGAAAGAAAAAUUUGGAAGAUUUGGAAGUGAGUAUUAUCAGACCUGCGUUUUCUUAUAUAAGAAGUAAACCAACUAUUUGGUUAGUUCUGGCUCUUUUUAGAUGCACAGUUUUAUCAAAAGUUUAAAAUAUGUAAUAUCUUCUUGUCAGUGUGCAAAAUAAUAUUGCCAUUGAAAUAAAUCACUGUUUCUCUGUGGUAGAAUUUUGUAUUUCUGUGAAUAAAGAAAUGAUUUUAGGAAAAUUAUAAAACUGUUCAUUUGCUUUUGCACUUUUAAUUUUCUGUUAAUGUUUAAGGUUAUUGCAAACUUUAUCUAUCUUCUAUGUUUUCUUUAACUUUGAUUUGUGUAUACCUCUGGGAAAGAAAAGAAAUCUCUCCUGCUGACUUGAAAAAUGUAUUCUCAUUAAUCAUCCUUUUCACUAACUGUUCAGUAACAAAAUCUCAGAGCAUCGAUAAG